AUGGGAGAGCAGCAGCACCUUGCAGGGCCAGUUGUCGCGGUAGAAGUGGCAGACGAGCCGCUCGCUGGCCUUGGCGGCGGAGAAGAACUCCUUCUCGGGGACCUCGGUGUACUCCCCGUGCCUCAGAGCGCGCCACUUGGCGCCGCGCUCGGCGGCGCGGCGCAUCUGCUGGAUCCGGCGCUCGCGGAGCGCCUCGAUGUCGUCCGAAUCGAGACGGUCGAGCGCGGCGAUCUCCUCAUCGAGCUUGUCCUCCACCGCCUUCGCGGCCGACAGCACUUGCUUCUCCAAAAUCUGCAGCCACCGAAAGCAGCACGCCUCCCGCGCUCAGAGAGAGCAAGGACAGAGAGGGGGCGGAUUGAGGAGAGGUGGGCGGAUGGCUACCUGGCUGACGACUUCGUCCAUGGCAGCGGCGGCGACGGGUAG